AUGUGCUCGUUCCGCGCUGCAGGCGGGGCGAUGUGCGCGUUCCGCGCUGCAGGCGGCGCAAUGUGCGCGUUCCGCGCUGCAGGCGGGGCGAUGUGCGCGUUCCGCGCUGCAGGCGGGCGAUGUGCGCGUUCCGCGCUGCAGGCGGGGCGAUGUGCGCGUUCCGCGCUGCAGGCGGGGCGAUGUGCUCGUUCCGUGCUGCAGGCGGGGCGAUGUGCGCGUUCCGCGCUGCAGGCGGGGAGAUGUGCUUGUUCCGCGCUGCAGGCGGGGCAAUGUGCUUGUUCCGCGCUGCAGGCGGGGCGAUAUGCUCGUUCCGCGCUGCAGGCGGCGCGAUGUGCUCGUUCCGCGCUGCAGGCGGCGCAAUGUGCACGUUCCGCGCUGCAGGCGGGGCGAUGUGCGCGUUCCGCGCUGCAGGCGGCGCAAUGUGCUCGUUCCGCGCUGCAUGUGGCGCAAU